UUGUGAGCGUAAACGUUACUCAUUUUGCAGAUACCCGUCCAGUGCUACAAAAUCGAAAGCUACUGUACUGUAUCACGGUAGAAAAAACAUCGUUUUUCUGGAAUCCGAGGGGAUCCAUAAUGUGUAGCAAGGAAAAACAUUUAGCCUUGCUACAGGAGUCAGAUGGGGACAGUGGCCUGGGAGGCUUGGAGGACCAACUGGCCAGUAAGGGAAUGGAGUGGAAGGAGCUCCUGCAUGCAAGGGUUCAUCAACUGGAGAGUUUCCUCAGAAAGGCCCAGGAAGAGUGCUCCUCCCUCAGAGAACGCUACCAACAACUAACGAAAGAUUUCCAGUUCAACCUGGCCAUCUUGGAUGAACGAGACAGAGAGCUGGAGAGAUAUGAUGCCAUAACUGCUCAAGCUUUGACUGUGAACCGCAACAGGCAGGAGGAGCAGAACCAACUCCGUAUGCAGAUCACCAAGUUGGAGGAACAGAGAGCUAAAGAGACUGAGGAAAGGCAGGAGGAGCUCUUCAAAAGUCAGUGCAAUGCUGCUCAGCACAGGCUGCAGCUGGACAAGCUCAAGAGCUCCCUGGUUGGUGACAUUCAAAAGCAAAUGGACAAUGAGAAGAUGAAAAUUCUGCAGUGCAGAAUACAUGAGUUGGAAGGAGAGCUGACCUUACAGAGACAGGAGAUGACAGCAGCUUUUGACAGUGAGCUCAGACAGCAGGAGCAUGAGCUCAACUUGAAAAUGGAUGAGAUGCGUGCUCUAGUGCUGUCUCAUGAUCUCAAGGUGAGGGGGCUGCUGUCUAAAGAGGCUGAAAGUCACUCCCUUAUUCAGCUGCACACCACAGAGGUUCUUAAAGCAUCUAAGCAGUUCUGUGAGCAUAUACAAAACCAGCUGCAACACAAAGAGCAGGAGAUCAAAGACCUCACUGCUGUCAAAGACUACAGGAUAAAGGAGCUUGAGGAUGAGUUAAAAUGGAUGGAGACAAAAUUGAAGAAUGAGGAAGAUAACCAUAUUAAGAAAUAUGAGGAUGGGAUCAGGGCCCUGAGGGAGAGUAAUGCACAGCUUGAGGCUCAAUGUCAGGCCCACACAGAGCAGCUGCAGAAAGCUGAGAAACACGUUGUCAAACUACAGGAGGACAUGGAAGUUCUGGCUGCACAGGCACGGGAAGACCAGCAGGAGGCAAUGAAACAGAAAGAUGAGACAAUCCAAAGGUACAAGCAGCAACUGAGUGCUGGUUUGAAGAGAGAGAGGGCCUUAGAACAGAUGCGAGUCCAGGUGGAACUGGAGAUGCAGAGACGCUGUGAGGACAUGAAGGCUGAACAUUACCUUGCUAAUGAGCAGCUAAUACAAGACCUGACCCAAGCUAGAGACCAGGCUAAAGCAGAGCUGAAGGAGAAAGAACAAGAGCUGCAGGACUUGACUGUCUUACUGCGUUCUGUUCACAUGGAGAGAGACCAGGCAAUACAAGGUCUCACACAAAAUGUAGAUUCUAUGGCAUCAGAAGAGAUCUGCCAUCUUCGGGAGCAGAACAGCAUCCUGCGGGCCAUGGUAUCCCAGAUGAGGAAGGACAUGGAGAGUCUCAGCCAUCUCAAACCCCAUCCCCAUCCCCAGGCCCGGCCACAGGAUACCUCUCCUCAGCCAAUUUAUCAAGGAGCCCAUGCUCAGAUGGCCACUGGACCACCAGCCCAAUCCACUGACAUUUCCACCAAUAUUAGCCCAGCAGGUUAUCUUUGCCUGAAGAAACAAGUCAACAUCGGAGCUUUGACGAAGCAGGAGGUCAGAAGGGCACACAUCAUGGAACAGAGUGCACAGCUACAAGAGGAGAACCCAUAUUCGCGACAACAGCACGCUUCAGGUCUGAUGUCAGGUGGCUUGUUUGAAAAUGUGCAGGGGGCUAAAAGCAACCCUCCUCUCCUGCAUACCAGGCUGAAGCAGGCAGCAUUCUGUAUCGCCCGUCUGAGCAAAGAAAAACAGCAGCUGAUAGAGAUGGGUAACCGCCUUCGUGGCCAGAUCACUACUGCAAAACUAAAGGGGUGCUUUCCAGAGAGGGACUCCUCCACAGAGAAACUAGGAGACCAAUAUAAACAGCUGUCUGCUCUAGAACAGCUGCCGAAUCAAUUCACCACACAGACAUCCAAGAACAAAGAUCCUCUGCUCCACCAGCCACAGAGCUCCCUGGAUGUGGUGCCACAGCACCGCUCAGUUCUGUCCAGAUCUCGAUUGUCAUCAGGGGAAUCACUGCGGUCGUUAAGCAAGCUGUGGGAGAUACUGGACCAUGAACUCAGUCCAUCAGUUUUCUCAGAAUGUGAAGGUGAGCUAAACAAGAGGGAAGUGGCUGAGUCUGGUGGUGCUGGAGUCCAGAUGAUGAUGCACUGCAUCAGUGCCCCCAUCCAUAGCCAGCCCUCAACCAAGGUCCAGCGAAGGAAGAACCCCUCUACAACACCAUGAAACACUAACAAGACCAGCAGACCUGGAGCCCCUGACAGGAUCAGCAAAAUCAGAAAUUAGCAUUGACACACAAAUAUAGGACCAUCUGCUAGUGUUGUUGGGUGUUACUCAGCCUGUGAAAACAGCUGCAUAAAAUCUUCUAUGGCUCUGAUAAGGAGGAGCUGCUAAAUCUGAGAACCCUUAUUUUUGUCAUAGGGAUGUCAGAGGUAUCUCAGCCACAAAUUUACAACAGAAAGCUUGCAUUAAAAACUUAGGACAUGGAGUUUGAAAGGGAGUUUCUAAUAAAAUAUCAGAUAUCAAAUUGCAUUAAAGUGGGAUCCCAUUUUGUGUUGAAGCUUGGCCCAGCCUAGGAAAUUAAAGUCUGAAUAUCUCAGUAUCUCAUGCUUUGAAUUUAUUUAUAAUCUGUCUUUAGUGUUUCCCCCAACUUUAUAGAAGUGGGGUACUACUUUUAAGACACGUGCAUAAUUCUGGUUUAAUGAUAGCCUCUUCCAAAUUAUCCUGAUGGCAUGAGUCCACUCCAAAUCAAUCAAUAAAUACCUCAAAUACAUAAACACACGAUUCUUAAUUACAUUUUAGAAUAAAAGUUAUGGUAAGAACAUGUUUUUAUAUUUUACUACUCCUCAGAGCUCACGUGUCUGAACAGUUAAGAGACUUGAAUAGGUUCACAAUAAAAACACCUAUAGGCUUUA